AUGGGUCAUCCAGCAGGUCUCCGCGCCGGUACUCGGUAUGCAUUCAGCCGUGAUUUCCGCAAGAAGGGUAUGAUCAAGUUGUCUACCUACUUGAGACAGUACAAGGUUGGAGACAUCGUUGAUAUCAAGGCAAACGGUGCUGUUCAGAAGGGCAUGCCGCAUAAAGUUUACCAUGGUAAAACUGGAGUCAUCUACAACGUCACCAAGAGCGCCGUCGGAGUCAUCAUCUACAAGAAGGUCAAGCACAGAUACAUCGAGAAGCGCGUCAACCUCCGUGUCGAGCACAUCUCCUUGUCCCGUUCCAGAGAAGAAUUCGUCCGCCGAGUCAAGCAAAACGCCGAGCUCAAGAAGAAGUCGAAGACCGAUGGCACCCACGUUCACUUGAAGAGACAACCCUUGAUGCCAAGAGAGGCCCGGACAAUUUCGAUGAAGGACAAUGUACCAGAAACUGUCGUUCCGAUCGCAUACGAGACCACCAUUUAA